CGGCUGAUGCCCAAGGAAACGUUCCUUAGUCACACUGAGUAGUUGUUUAAAGAACCUUUAUGUUUUGGAAACCAUGGAUAAAUAUGAUGUGAUUAAGGCCAUUGGGGAAGGUGCCUUUGGGAAAGCAUACUUGGCCAAAGGAAAACUGGAUAGCAAGCACUGUGUUAUAAAAGAGAUCAAUUUUGCAAAGAUGCCCAUCCAAGAAAAAGAAGCUUCAAAGAAAGAAGUCAUUCUUCUGGCAAAGAUGAAACAUCCGAACAUUGUAACCUUCUUCAGUUCAUUUCAAGAGGACACCAGGCUGUUUAUUGUGAUGGAGUAUUGUGAUGGAGGGGAUCUCAUGAAAAGAAUCAAUAGACAACGGGGAGUGUUAUUUAGUGAAGAUCAGAUUCUGAGUUGGUUUGUGCAGAUUUCUCUAGGACUAAAACAUAUUCACGACAGGAAGAUCUUACACAGGGACAUAAAAACACAGAACAUUUUUCUUAGCGAGAAUGGAGUGGUUGCCAAGCUUGGGGACUUUGGUAUAGCAAGAGUCCUGAACAAUUCCAUGGAACUUGCUCAAACUUGUGUUGGAACUCCUUACUACCUGUCUCCAGAGAUCUGUCAGAAUAAACCCUACAACAAUAAAACGGAUAUUUGGUCUCUUGGCUGUGUUUUAUAUGAACUCUGCACACUCAAGCAUCCUUUUGAGGGUAACAGUUUACACCAGCUGGCUCUGAAGAUUUGUCAGGCACAUGUUGCCCCAGUGUCUCCAAGGUUUUCCUCUGACCUGCAGUCCUUGAUAUCACAGCUCUUUAAAGUAUCUCCCCAAGAUCGGCCAUCUAUUAAUUCAAUUUUGAAAAGGCCCUUUUUAGAGAAUCUUAUUGCCAAAUUCUUGACUCCUGAGGUCAUUCAGGAAGAAUUCAAUCACACCCUAAUACAUAAAGCAAGAUCAUCAGCUUCUCAGUCUGCUGGGAAGAUGGUCCAAGAUUGUAAAAUACAGAAAAUGAGAUUCCAGGGGAAGUUCCUACCAAGAUCAAGAAUAUCAGUGCCAAUUAGAAGGAAGGAUAUAAUAUACAGAAAUGAAUGGAGACCACCAGCUGGAGCCCAGAAGCCCAUAUCUAUGCAAAUGGUAGAAAGGCCCAAACAUGCUGGAGUGUGUGGCCAUUAUGAUUAUUACUAUGCUCAACUUGACUUGCUGAGGAAGAGAUACCAUGAGCCAAGUUACCACUGUGUUCCUCAUAAAGAUACUAGAGUUAAGGAGAAUUUUAAUCAGGAAGAAAGCCACAGUCAAUCACCAGGUCAAUGGCCUGCUGAAUAUCUUCAGAGGAAAUUUGAAGCUCAGCAAUAUAAGUUGAAAGUAGAAAGACAAUUGGGUCUUCGUCCAUCUUCUGCUGAGCUAAAUCACCAGAGACAAGGGCUAAGAAGUAAUGGAGAAGAACCUAGAUUCCAGGAGCUGCCCUUCAGGAGAAACAAAAUGAAGGAACAGGAAUAUUGGAAGCAGUUAGAGGAGAUUCGCCAACAGUACCACAAUGACAUGAAGGGAAUUAGGAAGAAGAUUGGGAGUGAACUGGAGGAAGACUCAAAAAUAAGUCAUAAAACCUACCUGGUAAAAAAAAGGAACCUGCCCAUCUAUCAAGAGACACCCGAGGAAGAAGCAACUGUGCAGGGUAUCGAAAGAGACUUGAAACAAAUUAGACUUCAGAAGAUACAGGAAAGUAAAAUUCCAGAACAAAAAUAUAAAGCUAAGAAAGGGGUAAAGUUUGAAAUUAAUUUAGACAAAUGUACUUCUGAUGAAAGUACUCUCCAAGAGGAAGAGGCCGUGGACAUACUAAAUGAAACUUUGACCUUUGAAGAUGGCAUGAAGCUUAAAGAAAAUAAAUGUAUAAAGGAGCAUGAGGAUUAUACAGAUGAAGCAUUUGAAAAACUCUGUUGCCCAGAAGCAGGUAUGUGCACCUUCAAAUUGUUCAUUCAGGAUGCUGCUGCUUCAGAAAACAGGAGACAGUGGGAUGCUGGAGCUCCUCAGACUCUGCUGCAGAUGAUGGCAGCGGUUGAUGUCAUCUCCACCUGCUCCACCAGGCCUGAGGAUGACCAAGCGAGGGUGAUCAAUGGCAUUCCAGAAAAUAGGAAACAGCGGCAGCAUGAAGCUCCAGCAACUAUAAUAAGUGUUUGGGCAACAGCACAUCUAACAUGUAGCUCAUUUUUUGCCAAAGAAGGGGAAUUUGCGAUGGGAACAUUAAAACAAUGGCUUCCUGAGGAAAAUCAGGGGAAGGUCGAAGUAGCCUCUGGCAUUGAAGUAGAUGAGGAACAACCAGAACCAAGAUCUGAUGAUGAUGAUACAAAUUUUGAAGAAUCUGAAGAUGAGUUGAGAAGCAAAGUAGUAGAAUCCCUGGAAAAACUCACUACUUCCAAAGAGAAGGAAAAAAAAGAAGAGUCUUCCAGUUCCUCUAAGGACACUGAAAAGUUAGGAGAAGGGAUAAGCAUGCAGAAAUAUGUAGAAUUGAAUGGUGGUUUGGAGAAUAUUUCUAUUCCAUCUAAAGGCAAACUUUUUAUUGUUGAUGAAGACCAAGGAACAUCAACAACCAGUCAAAAUACACAAGUGUGA